CUAACGCACACAUGUGAAGGAGGCAAUACACACACACGGCACCUUUGAAUCUCGCCUUAAAAUUGGCGAAAACAACACGAAAUUAUAUAAUCGCCGGCUGAAAACACAUGAGUCCGUACAGCGGAUCAGUGCGUCGUCUGCUGGACAGUUGGCCAGGAAAGAAGCGCUUCGGUGUCUACCGCUUCUUGCCGCUCUUCUUUUUGCUGGGCGCCGGCCUGGAAUUCUCCAUGAUCAAUUGGACAGUGGGCGAGACCAAUUUCUACCGCACUUUUAAGCGCCGCCAGGCGAAGAACUACGUGGAAGAGCAGCAGCAUCUGCAGGCGCGAGCCGCGAAAAACACUGUCUAAGCAAAAUGCCCGCCGGAGU